AAGAGCUGGAAUCUGACAAUGACAGUACCCCAGAAACGUCGAAAAUGGUACCAUCUGCAAUGGUUUGCAGAUCAAGAUACGAAGGAGGAGAGAAGGCUCAUUCUCAAGCUGGACUUGCUGAUUGUCCCGUACGCAUUUUUAGCGUACUGGACCAAGUACAUUGAUCAGGCGAAUCUAAAUAAUGCCUAUGUGUCCGGACUCAAAGAAGACUUGGGUCUUCAUGGCAAUGAGCUGGUUCAGCUACAGACAAUGUAUACCAUUGGUGCCGUUAUAGGCCAGCUCCCCUUUGCGUACCUGUUCACGAAGCUUCCUAUGUCCUGGAUCAUUCCGUUCAUGGAUGUCGCGUGGGGCAUCUUCACAUUGGUGCAGUACCGAGCUACAUCUUAUGCUGAAUUGGCUGCCUAUAGGUUCUUAGUCGGUUGGUUUGAGGCCGCCUACUAUCCUGGAAUGCACUAUAUCUUCGGCUCUUGGUAUCGCAGCGAUGAAAUCGCUCGUCGUGGGGGAUGCUUCUAUGUCGGUCUCACCCUAGGCACAUUAACAGCAAGCCUCAUCCAAGCUGGAGCAUCUAGCCGGUUAGAUGGAGUCAAUGGUCUAGCUGGCUGGAGAUGGAUGUAUAUUAUCUGCGCCAUCAUCACUAUACCAAUUGCCAUCCUUGGCUACUUCAUUCUGCCAGGAACGCCAGAUAAGCCGAACAGAUUCAUUCUCAAGGACAAAGAUGUUCAGCUCGCAAAGACGCGUCUCGAGCGGGCCGAACAUAGUGUCAAAGAGGAUCCAGUUACAUGGCGCACCAUGCUCAAGGUUGGUCGCAACUGGAGGUUCUGGGCCUUGCUCUGGCUCAAUAUCUUCUUCUGGAACGGAAGUACUAACACGAGUGCUGGUGGAUACCUGCUCUGGCUGAAGAGCCUGGAACGGUACUCGACCAGCCGCCUGAACGAGCUUGCAUCCAUCUCACCCGGCCUCGGAAUCUUCUACACACUUUUCGUGUGCUUCGCCUCCGACUUGCUCCUCGGCCCGGCAUGGGCUAUCACGGCCGCACAUGUAUGGAACAUCAUUGGCGUCACGAUCCUUGUCAUCUGGGAUGUUCCCGAGUCUGCACUGUGGUUUGCCUUCUUCACCACAUAUUCCGCGGUCGCUAUGUCAAGCGUUCUCUAUGGCUGGAUUAAUAGCCAGUUACGGGCCUCACCGGUUGAGAGGGCCUUGACACUAGUCACGGUUAAUAUGAUUGCACAGUCCACGACGGCGUGGACGCCGUUGCUGGUAUUUAAGACGGUUGAAGGGCCACGCUUCACGAAAGGCUACUCUUUCGUUCUUGGUAAUGCGAUAUGCUUGAUUGCGCUUGCGCAUGUGGUUCAAUUCUUCAUUUCUCGGAAAGAAAGAGAGAGGGCCAGGAAUAGUAGUCUCUCUAGCACGGAGAGUGUGUAUGAUUCGAGCAACCUCGAGUCUGGGGUUCAUGAGAGUAGGGUUACUAGAAAGGAAUAG